AUGGGCAAGAUUAUCUUCUACGAGGACAGGAACUUCCAGGGUCGCUCCUAUGAGUGCAGCAGUGACUGCUCUGACAUGUCUACCUACCUCAGCCGCUGCAACUCCUGCAGAGUGGAGAGCGGCUGCUUUGUGGUCUAUGACCGUCCUAACUUCAUGGGAAACCAGUUCUUUAUGAGGAGGGGCGAGUAUGCUGAUUACAUGCGCAUGGGAAUGAGUGAUGGCAUCAGGUCCUGUCGCAUGGUUCCUCAGUACAGGGGACCCUACAGAAUGAGGAUCUAUGAGAGGGAGAACUUCGGAGGUCAUAUGUACGAGCUGACAGAUGACUGCGAUUCCUUCAUGGACCGUUACCGCAUGUCCGACUGCCAGUCCUGUCAUGUGAUGGACGGCCACUGGCUCAUGUAUGAGCAGCCCCACUACAGAGGCAGGAUGAUAUACUUUAGGCCCGGAGAGUACAGGAGCUUCAGGGAUAUGGGAUACAGCAACGCCAGAUUCAGCUCUGUUAGAAGAAUCAUGGACUUGUGUUAA